UUCCAGCGCCCCCGAGGUGGGCAGGAGCCGAAGUCUGGGUGCUGCUUGCCCUCCCUUCCUUCAUUUCCCAUCGUGCUGAGGCGGGUGGUAUGGCGGAGAAGGAUGACACCGGAGUUUGACGAAGAGGUGGUUUUUGAGAACUCUCCCCUUUACCAGUACUUACAGGAUUUGGGACACACAGAUUUUGAAAUAUGUUCUUCUUUGCCACCAAAAACAGAAAACUGCUUGCCGACAGAGGGACCUCACAAACCUCCUGCAAGAGUCCUACCAAAACAAGGCAUCCUGUUCAAGCUGGCAGAAAGCAUCAAGAGCUGGACGUUUUCUUCUCAGUACAGUAAGAAGGAUGACUUACUCCACAAGUUGGACACUGGAUUCCGACUGGACUCACUACAUAUCAUCCUGCAGCAGGAAGUCCUGCUACAAGAGGAUGUGGAGCUAAUUGAGCUACUUGAUCCCAGCAUCCUGUCUGCAGGGCAACCUCAACAGGAAAAUGGACACCUUCCAACCCUCAGCUCCCUGGCAACCCCUAAUGUUUGGGAUGCCUCGCUGCUGCUUGCCUUCAUUAGUUUGCUCAUUAUGCUUCCCACGUGGUGGAUUGUGUCUUCCUGGAUGGUAUGGGGAAUAAUUCUGUUUCUUUACGCGAUCACACGGGCUUUGAAACUAUGGAGGACAGCCAAACUGCAAAUGACUCUGAGAAAAUAUAGGGCCCGUUUGGAAGACAUGGCAGCAAAUAGCCGAGCCUUCACUAGCCUUGUGAGAAAGUCCCUGCGUCUUAUUCAAGAAACCGAAGUCAUUUCCAGGGGAUUUACUCUGGAAAGCCAUGAAUGUGAGAGCUCGAGAGCAGCCGGCUUGCCGCAUCGUAAUCCUUCCUUUGCCUUUCUGCUUGCAUGCCCCUGUUGGCCACUGGUCCUGUUGCCUUUCUGCCUCCCCUACUUGCUUGUGAGUAGUUUGCUUGACAGGGUCAGUGCUGCUUGCUCAUUUAAUAAAGCUGGACAGCAUCCCAGCCAGCAUCUCAUCGGCCUUCGGAAAGCCGUCUACAGGACUGUGAGAGCCAACUUCCAGGCCGCAAGGCUAGCUACCCUGUACAUGCUGAAAAACUACCCCCUGAACUCUGAGAGUGACAAUGUUACCAACUACAUCUGUGUGGUACCUUUUAAAGAACUGGGGCUCGGUCUCAGUGAAGAGCAGAUAUCAGAAGAGGAAGCUCGUAACUUGACAGAUGGCUUCAGCUUGCCGGCCUUGAAGGUUUUAUUCCAGCUCUGGGUGGCACAGAGUUCAGAGUUCUUCAGGCGCUUAGCCCUGUUGCUUUCUACAGCCAAUUCGCCCUCAGGGCCCCUACUUACUGAGGCACUCCUGCCUCACCGAGUUGUGUCUGACGUGACUCAAGGUCUACCUCACGCUCAUUCUGCCUGCUUGGAGGAGCUGAAGCGCAGCUAUGAGUUCUUCCGGUACUUUGAAACUCAGCAUCAGUCAGUACCACAGCGUUCAACCAAAACCCAGCCAAAGUCGAGAGAACUGAGUAACGUUCACACGGCAGUGCGCAGCUUACAGCUCCACCUGAAAGCAUUGCUGAAUGAAGUAAUAAUUUUUGAAGAUGAGCUUGAGAAGCUUGUUUGCACUAAAGAGACACAAGAGCUGCUGUCAGAGGCCUAUCCGGUACUGGAGCAGAAGCUGAAGAUGAUUGAGCCCCACGUGCAGGCCAGCAACAGUUGCUGGGAGGAAGCCAUCUCCCAAGUGGAUAAACUGCUGCGGAGGAAUACAGAGAAAAAAGGCAAGCCUGAAAUAGCGUGUGAAAACCCACACUGCACUGCAGCACCCUUGAUACGGCCUACUCUGCACAUUGAGGACAGAGACCCCAUCCCUGAGGAGCAGGAGCUAGAAGCUUAUGUGGAUGACAUAGACCUAGAAAGUGAGUUCCGGAAGGAGGAUUUGUACCACCUGACCCCGGAGGACAAAGAGAGGCAGAAGCGGGAGCAGGAAGAGUCCAGGAGGGUGCUGCAGGAGCUGAAGUCUGUGCUCGGAUUCAAGGCGUCAGAGGCAGAAAGGCAAAAGUGGAAGCAGCUUCUGUUUAGUGACCACGCUGUGUUGAAAUCCUUGUCUCCUGUAGACCCAGUGGAAUCUGUAAGUAAUUCAGAAACACCCAUGCAUUCAGAGACAGGAAAAGUCAAUAGGAAUGGUACUGAAGAGGAAGGUAGUGAGCCCUCUCCACGUGACCCUGAAGGAAACAGGACUGAGUUUGUAUGUGACAGUCCUCCAGAGGAUGAAAACAAAGACACGUGUGGAAAUGAAGCCUUCCUCCGAGGAGCUGAAGAAAGAAGGUUCUACCAGUGUGAGAGCGAGGCCGAGUCUCCCCAGGCUGCUGCUGCUGCUGCUGGGGCCGCUGCCCCUCCAACUCCCAGGGACUCGCUCCAGCUCUCCAUUAAGCAGAGGCUGGCCCGACUACAGUUGUCACCAGAAUUCACCUUCACCGCUGGCCUGGCUGCAGAGGUGGCUGCCAGGUCUCUGUCGUUCACCACCAUGCAGGAACAGACUUUCGGCGAUGAGGAGGAAGAACCAACAGUUGAAGGGAGUGAAAACGAGGUGGGAGAGAAAUAAAGACGGAGAUGAAGUGAUCUCUGGUCGGCCCUCCUACAAGUGUUUUAGCUUCAAGACUGGAAGGGAAUGAGUGUGUGUUUACUCUCUAUAAAGCUAAGUCGUUGAUUUACAGGGUAAGCACUGCUUUGAAACCUGACCUGAAAUUAGCAGACACCUGUAUAGGCAGGUCUUUUAGGGAUAGGAGAGGGAGGUAAGGGCAUUUUUGAAUAGACUGCUGUUUUAUUUAUGGCACGACUGAUAAUCUAGGCAAUUCUUUAAGUAUUUUAAUAAGAAAUGAACUUAUCAUUCUUUUGCCAAAAUUUGCUGCCAUAAGGGUACCUGAAAUGAUUCUUCUCUUGCAGAGCAUUAGAACGAGCUCUUUCUGCUGUGUCCUUGCUGUGUGUGACUGCAGCGACCACGUUAAUAUGUUGUUCUUAUUUUAUUUUGUUUAUACCACUCCUAAAACAAAGAUACAGGUUCUGAAUAAAAAUAUUUAAUUCCUACAAUUGAUGUGUUCUGGGGUUUGGAACUUUAAAGCAGUUUCAAAGGUGUUUGGGCUGUGGCAUAUUUCAUGUUUCCUUAUUUUCAUAUGUGUGCUCAUUUUAAGGUGUCAUACACCUUCAAAAGGGAAAUACUGUGCCAUUUUAAGAAACACCCUUGUAGUUUUUGUUGUUGUUGUUGUUGUUGUGGGUCCCUGUUGCAGCUCAAAGAAACGAUGUCAAAGAAACUUCCCUACAUCAAAGGCCCCUCUCCAGCCCCGCAGAAAGCUCCUCUCGUUUACUUGGAGACAACUGUGCCUCUGCUUCCGUAGGUCAUGGCACUGUUUUCCAGCCUGGCCUAUCUUACUAAGACUCAGGAAACACGUCAGCUUUCUUGGAAAGCGUCCUUGUCCCUUUGUAUUUCGUGGUGAAUCCAUUUUACAGCGAUGCUGUCCACAUACCAGUCUCGUCUGCUUUGAUUGUGUCCUCGGCAAUAUUUUUGGGAACAUUCUGUCACUGGAACCUGUCGUUGCUGUGUACUUACCGAGUUCGCAGACAUGAUUUGGGAGGACUGUAAGAAAAACUAAAUUUAUGCUGCUGUUCUAGGAGGAAAGGGUGUGAAUUCCUGUAACUUACUGUCUGCUUUUAGUGAGGAAAUUUACUUAUGUUUGUCUCACUGUUUUAGCUUUAGUAACUGUGUUUUACCCUGAGGAAAAUCUUCUACUUUAUAUGAAUAGGCUUUGGACUGUUAGUGAUUUUGCAUCUUUCUGAUAAUUAGCACUACUAACAUGUCAGGAACAGUACCUUCAGUUGGACAAGGAAAUAGCUAAAUCUCAAGAAAAAGGGAGCCUCCUGUGUUGUAACUGACUUCUGUAUUCCUAAAUAACAGUCUUACUUUCUGACUUAAAUUAUUGUUUCCAAUUCCCUAGUUAAAGAAGUUAUUAGGGAAACUUUGUUAAGAAUUCUUUUAAUUUAUAACACAUGGAAAAUUGGAAUUUAAUCAUUUUAAUUCUUUUAGUCUGUUUUGAGUCAGUCACACCAGUUUAACAGAAACCUGUUCACACUAUUUUAUCAGUGUUCUGCUCCCUGGGCUGAUGCUUUCAGACUCUGAAAUACGAAGUUUAAUCAGAAUUCCCAGUCUUCCAGGCUCAUCUGUUUUGUUCACAGGCUCUUAUUUAGUUUCAUACAAACUGCUUUCUGAAGUCAUGAUGAAGGACAUUGUGAUGUUAAGUGAAAUUCUUUUUAGAUAAUAGUUUUCAUAUUUCUUUCAUCAUUUAAAAUAUUUCCAACAUAAAGCUCUUUUUUUCUCUGUGAAAUUUUCUUGAGUAAUUUUCUCUUAUAACAUUCUGAGUUAGUGUUCCUUGGUUGUUUUAGUGGGCACCUGGGUCAUAAUGAACCAGAAGUACUGUUUUUAGUGCAGACUUUAAGCCAUGCUCUCUGUGAUUCUUGGAUGCUUUGAUAUGAGACCGAGGUACUGUGUAUGCCCAAUAAAGUCCAAGAUCCUUCUUAGGUA